AUGUCCUCUCAAAACCACGGAGUUGAGCUCUGCCUUAAGUUCAACUUCUGUCCACCAGCCACUCUCUCAAUCUCUAACCCCUCGGCAUCACCUUUGAAGCUGAUCGCCACUAUCCACCAAACCUCCUCGGUCUUCCCAGAUAGACCCGUUACUAUCUUGACCAAAUACUCAUGUCUCGACACUACGCCUCGUGAGGAUGCGUUCCGCAAGGGCGCUAUGCACUCACCGGAACUCGCAUUUCCCUCCACCCGACAAGUAGAUGGCUCUGCAAAAGUGCUUAACCUCCGGCCCACAAAGCGCAUUACGUUCCAUCGGAUAUCAGGCGACCCAGAUCUUGCCAAACGCCCUGAAGAUCCCGAUACCCCUGGAUUCACUUUCGUCACAAUUCCUCCGGUAGGAAAAGGCUCUGUACAAGUUGCGUGGGAGCUCUCUGCUGAACGGCUUAUGUCGAGUCUCGGCGACGACUCAACCUCGCUCCAAGAAAAGCUUGAACAUUUUCUACGAGUCAGCGACACCUACCAUGUCUGGCCCGGCGAUCUUUCGAUUCGAUGGUGGUCAUUUGGCUCCUUGGAAGACCCGGAAGGUUUGAAAGGCAAGAAAAUCUCGCGCUUCAGCUUUUCUGGCGAUCUGGGGUUAGAUAGGGAAAAGGGAGCAGAUGAAAGCGAAGAGGUUGUUAGUAAGAUGCAAGAUCUCAUUGAUCUGCACAACGUGAACAGCUUGUCUUCGAGAAGCGCCGUGGAAGGAGAAGAGAAGCCGGAUAUUAAGAAGAUGAGGGAGGAAGGGUGGGUUUUCGGAGAACCGCCAGGGCUGUUGAAGAUGAUCGCGCAAGACGAAGAAAAAGUAGCGACUUUCAAGAUCGUAGAGUAA